AUGGGUGACGCAGAUCUCGAACAAAUCAGGCGUGCGCGCCUGCAAGAAAUGCAGCAGCAGCAAGGCCAGUCGGGCGGUCAAGGAGGCCAAGGAGGCGAGCAAGAGCAAAAGCAGCAACGUGAAGCCGAAGCACGCGCAAGCAUCCUCUCCCAAAUCCUCGAACCCGAUGCCGCAGACCGCCUCGGCCGCAUCCGCCUGGUCAAGGUCUCGCGCGCCGAAGACGUCGAAAACAGACUCAUCAUGCUGGCACGCAGCGGCCAGCUGCGCCAAAAGAUUUCCGAAGCCCAACUCAAAGAUAUCCUGGGCGCCAUGAGCGAGCAGCAAGAAAAGAAAGAGACGGUCAAGGUGUCGAGGAGAAAAGGAGGCUGGGACGACGACGACCUCGAAGAUCUCUUGAACGACGAUUGA